CCGCCAGUCCGCAGCCGCAGCCGCGCCGCGCCGCACGCCCGCUCGCGCCACCAGCGGUCCACAAACCGGACGGGUGCGGCGGCUCUCAACUCGUGUCGUACGGCGUGGCGGAUCCGGGCGACGACCGCUUGUUCCAGCGGACGGUGAUGAUGUCCGGCGCCGGUGCUUGUGACCUUAGCUGACCUCAGACAUGCGAAGGCGGAAACACUGGACCUGAGACUCCCGAAGCAUGAUUCCAGCUUUGGAUUUCACUUUAGGACCAUGGAAGAGGAAAUCGUGCCAGUCAGCAGAAGUGUCGUUGCUUUUAUCCACGCUUCUGUUCCUUCACGUCUCUCUGGCGCAAGUCCGGCUACCUGGUGGAUACUACUCCUAUGACGUCACCAGAAGCGUGCCAGCGCAGAAUCAACAGCUGAGCGCCGCCCAGCGAGACGGCCGAGCCAUUCACUCAGGCCACCACAUCCGGCCGAAGCCGUGCCAUUCGGCCGGCCGGCGCGGCGUCUGCAUGUUCGUCUGGGAGUGCUCCAAGAAGGGCGGCACCGCCGUCGGCAUCUGCAGCGACCGCUUCAUGUUCGGUGGCGCCCGGCGGCGGCUGGACCUCGCUGCUGCAGGCCGGAAGCGGCUCCAGCUCCUCCCCGGCCGGCUGGGGCUCCACCGCGUCCUGGGGCGGCACCAGUCAGCGGCCGGACUCUUCCGGCACCGGCGCCACGGUCCGGCCGGCGGCGGGUACCGGCUCCGGUGUGUGGCCGGCGGGCCGGCGGCCGGCCCACCCUCGUGGCCAGUGCGCAGCAGAACGAGGUGUCGACGGGCCCUCGGCCGCACGAGAAGCCCUCGACCCUGUGGGAGAGGCCCACACGGCCCACGAGGCCGCCGUCGGUGGCGGCGGCCGCGGUGCGCCCCCACCACCGCUCGGCCAACCGCCACCACAACCAGGUGGCCAAUCACCACCACAACCAGGCGGCCAACCACGACAACCACGCGGCCAACCACGACAACCACGCGGCCAACUACGACCACUCGGCCGAGCCCCGCCCCGGCCUCGCCAGCCAGCGUGUCCACACCGUGGCCGCGGCCCAGCCGACCCACGCGACCUCCGCGGCCGCCUGUCCCCGGCUCGACGGUGACGUCAAGCAGCGUCUCCUCCACUGCUCCGGUGGCCACCAGCCCGGGCCAGCCUGGGAGCAGCUCACCCGCCCCGCCGGCGCAGCUCAACGCUACCAUUGCGGUCGGCGCCUCCGCCGAUGGCGGCGCAGAGUGCGGGGUACCGCCGCUGUUUCCGCUGGGCGCCGAGUCGCCGGCGGCGCGCAUCGUCGGCGGUCGGACGGCGCCGUUCGGCGGCUUUCCGUGGCAGGUGUCCGUGCGCCGCACCUCUUUCUUCGGCCUGAGCACCAAGCACCGCUGCGGCGGCGCGCUGCUCAACGAACAGUGGGUCGCCACGGCCGGUCACUGCGUCGACGAUCUGCUGCUGAGUCAGAUCCGGAUCCGGGUCGGCGAGUACGACUUCGGAUCCCUGCUCGAGCCGUAUCCGUACCAGGAGCGCGCUGCCGUCAACAAGAUCGUGCACCCCAAGUACAACUUCUACUCGUUCGAGUACGAUCUGGCGCUGGUCAAGCUGGACAAGCCGGUGAAGCUGGCACCGAACGUGCACCCGGUCUGCCUGCCGGGCAACGACGACCUGAUGGUGGGCGACAACGCCACCGUCACCGGCUGGGGCAGGCUCAGCGAAGGAGGUCAGCAGCCCAGCAAGCUGCAGCAGGCCACUGUGCCCAUCAUCGAGAACAGCAAGUGCAAGCAGAUGUUCAAGAAGGCCGGCCGGCAGGAGUACAUCCCCGAGAUCUUCCUCUGCGCCGGCUACGAGGGCGGAGGCACCGACGCCUGCCAGGGCGACUCCGGCGGGCCGCUGCAGGUGCGUGGCAAGGACGGCCGAUGGUUCCUGGGCGGCAUCAUCAGCUGGGGCAUCGGCUGCGCCGAGCCCAACCUGCCCGGCGUCUCCACCCGCAUCUCCAAGUUCACCGGCUGGAUCCUGGCGCAGGUGGCGGCCACGUGACCGGCCCGUGACGUCAUGAGCAGCCCCUAGUGACGUCACUCGCCGGUCGGCGGCUCUCUCUCUCUCUCAGUGCCAACCACGAACGGACGGCGUGACCGCCGUGACCCCGCCGUGACGCGUGACGGCCCCUGACGCGUCCGCGGCGCGCUGGGGACCGCAUGGAGCGCCGCGCGCCGGCUUUCCGCGCGCAGCAGCCGACGCGUUUUGACGCGCGCAAAAAGGGAAAGUGAAACGAGAAAUCCGCGCGCUCCACAGGCGACGCGUGCAGGGGGCCUGCAGCCGUGAAACAGCUCGGCCAGGCUUUCGCCGGCGCUGGUGUUUGCCUGCGCUGACCCCUGCGCGGUGCGUGGGGGUGCCUCGCAGGGUACGACGGGGGCGCGCGAGACGCGACAAAGAUGUCUCCUGGGACAGGUGUGGACGACGCUGACUGGCGCAGGUGUGACAACUGAGGGUGGUACUGUUCCGGAGUGUUAACCUGUACCACGUGGCUACGUGUGCAUGCCUGUGGUGACGCCCGAGUUGAAUGACGCCACGUGCGCCACGUGACGACCGCCUGGCGCGCGCGCGUGUGUGUUUGUGUGUCGGCCGUGGCGCGGCCCCGUGCCGGACACGGGAAUACACGAGUCCGUACAUA